CGCUUUCCACCCAGCUCCGUUUGUUUCGCACUCAUAAAAGCUGCUCCUCAGUUAUUGCUUGGCGUGUUUUGCUUCUUAUUUAAAGCCAGGCUCCUUUUUUGUUUCUCGGCCAGUUUGCAUGCAUUGUUCGUCUCCCGAAAUGGUUUGUGAGACUAAGAUUGUGGCGGAAGAUCAUGAAUCAAUUUCAGGAUCCAAAAAAGAUGCGAUCAUUGUGUCUUCCUCCCAGAUGUGGCCCUCCUUAUCCGGCUCACCUUCCUCCUCCCCAGCUUCUCUGAGUGGCGUGGAAGAGGAUUUCAAGAAAGACAACGUUUAUAUACGAGAAUUUCAUCCUUCCGAGCAAGAGGUGGUGCGCCGUAUAUUUUAUGAAGGAAUCAUGGAAAGGAUUCCUAACACCGCAUUUAGAGGGUUAAAACACCAGCCCCUCAUUCAGUUGAUCUAUGGGAUGUUCACUAUAAUAUGCUUUGUUGUGACCAAGUCCUUGCUGCUGACCUGCUGUUUGCCCAUCUUUCUGAUGGGUAUGAGGUACUACUUCAGUAGAAAAGUUAUCCUCAGCUAUCUCGAGUGCGCGCUGCAUACGGACAUGUCUGAUAUUGAGAAUUAUUACAUGAAACCACCAGGCUCCUGCUUCUGGGUAGCUGUGUUGGACGGAAACGUGGUGGGAAUCGUGGCUGCGAGAGGCAAUGAGGAAGACAACACCGUGGAGCUGCGCCGCAUGUCUGUAGAUUCCAACUUCCGGGGUAAAGGGAUUGCCAAGGCCCUGGGCCGCAAAGUGCUGGAGUUUGCCAUGCUCAACAACUAUUCCUCCAUUAUAUUGGGAACCACGGCUGUCAAGGUGGCAGCCCACAAGCUGUAUGAAUCCUUAGGGUUCAAACAUGUGGGCAUCAUUGAACACUACACCCUCCCUGGGAUGACGCAUUCCAUGCUAGAGAGAAUGUUUUUCCAGCUUCGCUACCACCGCUACCGCCUGCAGCUGCGCGAAGAAUAGAAACAAAAGCAAAAAAAAGUUUUUCUCCUAUCCCCCCUAAAAUUGACCUUUUUUCAUUUGUUUUUGUUUUCAAUUGUUUGUUUUGUUCCCUCAUUUCAUUUUUAAUUUGCUUUGUACAGCUUGACUGUACAAAAUAAGGAUCCUUCCUCGCAUGCUGUAGGUGGUGGUGCUGCUGAGGCUGGAAGUACUGCUCUUCAGUGUUAAUGACCUGGCAGGUCAGAGUGGACCCUACAGCCUGUUGUUCCAAUCUUACCCAGGUACCUACAUAAAGCACAGAAACUUACAAACAUAAUAGUACCACUGGUCUGGUGUACAUAGUGGGGGUUUUUUUUGUGUUUUUUUUUUCAAAUGUAAGAUAAUGUAGUGAUGACAUUCAUAAUACAGUAAGCGCAGAAAUAUUACUUGAAUGCAUUUCUCAGUAUUUCAUGCACCAGUAACUAGAAUAUGCAUUUAUCUUACCAUAAAUUACUGGUUAAUAGUUUUCAAAGAAAAUGUGAAAAAAACGCUUGCUACAAUGCAUGAAGAGGAAGUGUGUGCACGCACUCAAACACACAGCACUGCCAUCCAGGCACUGGUGUUGCACUUUUUUUGGAUGUGCCUCAUUCUGCCAAAUAUCUGAAAGAACCUUGGUGCAUCCAGUAACCAUGACUUUUUCUCCAUUCUCAUUUUCCUUCCUAAGCCAGCAAACAGACUUGAACCAUUUGAACUCUGAGCCCCAUUGUAACAUAUUGUAAAGUAAGAUCAAACUUAAAUAUCUCCUGCGCUGUUCUAUAUCCAUGCAUAACCUGCAGUCCUGGGCCAGACUUCUGCAUGUGCAUUGGAGUUUCUCUUUGCUGCCUUCUGGGUUUGUUUGUUUGGGUUUUUUAUUUUUAAUUUUUUUAAAAAUUUUAUAUUUGUUUUGGCUUUUGCUGAAUGGUGUCAUUGAAGCAUAAUGGAGGCUGCAGUUUCUAUGGCAACACAUUUGCACAUUAAUGUGAGCAACAAAUCUAAACACUUCAGACAAGCAAUGUGUGACAGAUAAUUGCAUUUUGGGAGUGUGGGGGGGAAGCAUACAUAUUAUCUUAACCAGCUGCUGUUUAAUAAUUGUAGGUGGCCUCACUGCAGCCUUCCAUAAAAGGUAACUAACUGCUUUAAUGUCAGAUUCGUGAAUUGUACAAUGCAAAAAGCAAUGCAAGGCAGAUUCGGCAUGUGUCUGUACCUAAUAUGUAUGUACAGUGCCUGCCAACAAAAGAAUAACCAAGACUACAGCUUCUUCUAGCCUGAAAUACCAAUUUUAUAACUUACUUAAACAAAUAACAACUUUGCAUGAAUUAUGUCGGGGAAAAAUCAGUAGGUUUUAAUUUUUAAAAUGUGGUAUCAGAAAUAUUAAAAACAUUUCUGGUUGCACUUAAUUUGGGGUGAGUGGUGGGGUUCAGCUAUCGUAUUACAUUUAAAGGGAACCCCCCUUUAACUUAAGUUCCUGAAAAAAAAAAAAAGUUACUAUUCUAUGAAGUAUUGUCUGUGAGGUGGGGGAAAGAAAAUCAUGAUAAAAAUGAUAUGGGACUGAACGUAUGUUCCUAACACAUAAAGCUAUAGUAGAUGCAACUAGGUAGGAGAGUUUCAAAGAGGAGGAACAAAUUUAUCCUUGUCAAAUCAAAUAGUGGAGACAAGUAAGAAGGGUACUAGAAAGAAUGAAAGAAAGGCCAGACAGAAGGCUUAACUAGUAAGAAGUGGGACAGAGAACACACAUGUGAAUUAUAUUGUGAGGUGGAAAUUAAAACACUAGCCUUUCACUUGCAGUCCAGGGUCUGUCUUUCCUGCACUGAGAUUCAUCAAUGUAAAGGUAGGAAUUGGGUCCAGAAUUCAUUCAUUCCGAACUGGCUGGUAGCCCAUGGUACUGGCCUGUUAGACAGGAGGGCCAAACUCAGGAGUGUUCAUGCAAUUCCUGCUUAGCAAGGACGGGAGCAUCUCCAUGGGUGCUUCUUUCAAUAGGGAGGAAGCCUGCAUAUGCUGAGCAAGUGUUAAGGAGAAAGGCAGCUUUCACAGUAGAGAAAUUGGAGCCUAAUGAGAGGGCAUAAGGUUAGUCUCCUGAGCCCAGCACUUUCGUUCAUUGUCUGCUCUUACUUCUAGCUGGCAGGAAGGGAGAACAGAUUCCAGCUUCCAUACGCAAUACCAGAUCCAGGAGUGAGCAGGGUGAGGGGUACCAGGGAGUAGGUGUAGGCACAUCCGAGUCAGAAGAUUUUGUCCUAUUGCUCUGUUAAGCAAUUCACACUCUCAGCCCUGGAUUUCUGCCUGCCUCAAUCUAUACCAUACAUAAAAUGGCAGUGUCCUGAGGUGUAUUGUCCCAGUAAUAAAGGGAGAAAGUAGAUAAUGGAGGACACUAUUUCAAGAGGCCAAGAGCUUAAUUAACACAAUUUCUUUGCGGGCUACUAUCUAUUUUUUAAGUCUUUCUAUGCUGUACAUUUCUCCUGAAAUGGAGGGUAGGGGUUUUUGUAUAGUGUACAGAAAUUGGCAUAAUAUUUUCUUGCUGCUUUCAGUGAUUUAUUAACCUGAGUAAAAAUAGACCAUUAUAAAGUGUUAGCAAAAGUGAAAGGAAAAAAAAGUUUGUGCCUUUUUUAGUUUUUUGUUGUUGCUGUUGCUGUAGAAUCACUGCACUAAAACUUUUCCAGACAAUGAAAAGAACGAGUCUCUUAACGAAGGG